AUAGAGGAUACAGUCAAACUGCACCGAACAGAAGGCAGUCUAGUGUCGCCUCUCUCCUCAGAGUGUAGAACACGACGGAGUGUGUGUGAAACACUCGGCAGCUGAAGUUGCUCUUCAAAAGUCCAACCACACAACCUCUUGUCCCGAUGACCUUCUGUUCCAAACAGCCGGUGGCGGGCGGAAGCGACGCGAGUAGACGAGUUCUGUGAUGUGAAAUGUGUUUACACUGCGCGUGGACGUCCCGAGACACAUUCACACAGUUUCUGUCUCUGGUCAGUGGAGACGCGUUAGAGGCUCGAGGAGACAGCUAGUUAGCUGGGGCGUUAGCUGGUGAAUAAGAAGGUAGGACAUGAGCCGCUCGCCCCCACCCUGGGCAGGAACCUGUUUGGCAGACAAGUGUACCAGCUGCCUGGACUGUUUGCUUAUGCGAAACACAUCAUGAAAGUUGAUGGAAAAGCUGGUCUCUUCAAAGGAAUCGGUCCCAGGCUCUGUGCCGGCACCAUUGGCACUGUUGUGCACAGCAAAGUUGUGCAGAAAUGUCAGGAACAAGGCACACUUCAGCUACUGGAUGGCCAGCAGAAGGCUGAGGAGGGCUCCCUACAGCACGUUGUUAACGAGACGACCAAAGAAAUGAUAGCUCGUUCCUGUGCCACGAUCGUCACUCAUCCUUUUCAUGUGAUUACUUUGCGGUGUAUGGUCCAGUUUAUUGGGAGAGAAAUAAAAUACAGUGGGGUGUUUGACUCCAUCAUCACAGUCUACAGAGAAGAAGGCAUACUUGGCUUCUUUGCGGGUUUGAUCCCUCGUCUGCUCGGAGACGUGCUGUCCCUGUGGAUUUGUAACCUGCUGGCACACGUCAUCAAUACGUACGCCAUCGACGAUUCGAUGAGUCACACGGGAGAAAUGAAGAACUGCUCCCAGGCUGUGACCGGGUUCUUUGCCAGUAUGCUCACGUACCCUUUUGUAUUGGUGUCGAACCUCAUGGCUGUCAACAACUGCGGGCUGGCUGGAGGCCUGCCCCCCUAUGCUUCAGUCUAUCCCACCUGGGUGGACUGCUGGAGACAUCUAAGCAGAGAGGGCAACACGAGCAGAGGCAGCAGUUUAUUUUUCCGGAAGCUUCCGGCUGGAAAGAUGUACGCAAUUGACCAGAAGAGGUUUUUUUGAAUCCCCCGCAGGACUGAGCUGAACAUAGUUGUGAUACUAAAACAGAAGAAAAAUAAUAAUCAACGUUGCCCGAUCUUGGGUCGGACAGUUGGCAUUUCAUUUUUUUUUUUGUAAGCACUUGUUUGUUUCUCCCCUUAUCAAUCGUGUGAAGAAACCCACUGAUGUAUUUACUGAGUGAAACUGCAGCAGAGCGUCUCUUCUUUUGACCCACGUGUACAAAACUGAUGACAAACCAUGGUGUCUGCAUACUGCCCCGCCCCCUUUUUAAUAACUGUCAUUAAUAUGACUCCCCUCCCUCCAUGUCAUGAUGGGAUUUGUUUGUUGACGGAAAAAAAAGCACUUGAUUCUGCAUGUGGUAAUGUGUAAUAAUUGACAGAGUGGGACCUCUCGUCGUGUGGUGUUGUCUUCAUGUGUUAGUGACCGUAAAGCUCAUGAGGAGGUGACGGGACUGCGAGUGUGUCCCAGGACCAACUCUCCUGACUGACCAGAAUAAAAACUGCUUUUUUGACCUUGA